AUGGCAACCUCUAUCAUCAGCCGUGGCUCGGAUACACUAGAGCUUUUCAGGCGCUCAACUCCUAAGAUCGAAAUUGAUCUUCAAGGACAGAAAUCUGGUCAGGUCAACUCUUACACUACUGGAGAUUAUAUCGAAGGUACUGCCAAGAUCACCGUUGACCUUGAGACGCGUUUCGAUGAGAUUGAAAUCAUUCUGCAAGGAACUUCGCACACGACAGUUGAACGAGCCGCAUGCCCUGGCCGUACAGGUUCACAGCAGAUGUUCCUCAAACUUCGCCAACCGAUCGAAGAUGCAGAAUACCCUACCCCGCGAGUACUGGAACCUGGCCGAACAUAUUCAUUUCCCUUUACAUUCGUCGUACCAGAUCGCCUACUACCUCAGGUCUGCUCCCACGCAAAGAAGAACAACCACAUCCACCAAUGUCAUACCUUACUCCCCCCGACUUUGGGAGAUGUCAUGAUAUCAGGAGAUAUCAAAAUUCUGAUAGAUGACAUGGCGCCGGAAAUGAGCCGAAUUGCAUAUAUUGUCCGCGUUGCCGUGUUGAAGAGAUCAGCAAGUCAAGGUUCCAAAACAUUGGCAAACAUAGCCAAGAAAGUCCGCAUCAUCCCCAUCGUUGAGGAAGAACCCCCCCUCAGCAUGGUGAACCAGAGCACAUAUUGCACCCGAAAGGAGAAGACCGUCAAGCGUGGAUUCCUAAGAGGAAAGCAAGGCCAACUCAUCGCAUCCGCCUCACAACCCAAGCCCAUUUGUCUGCUUCCAACCGGCGAAAGACACGAGACGGUUAGCACGUCAGCAAAGAUCCAGCUUCGAUUCGAUCCCGUGGGCAAUGAGCAGCCACCUCAACUAGGCUCGAUGACCAGCAAGAUCAGAGCAAACACAUACUACAGUGCGAACCCCUGGGAAGACUUCCCUUGCCAGUCAACCACAUACGUAUCACAAAUCGGCCAGGGCAUAUACCAAGAAUCCAUUCCCCUAUCGAACUUGUGCGUGGCGUCAGCAAAAUGGGAAAAGCAUUCCUCUGAGCGUGACCGCCGUGAAUCCACUUCCUCCACUUCAUCCGAUGACUCGACCGGUCCCUCUGCAUCUUUCACUGGGGAUACCUAUUAUACCGCUUCCCUCAUCGUUCCCAUCUCAUUACCAAGCCACAAGACAUUCGUGCCAACCUUCCACUCCUGUUUGAUGUCGCGGACCUACUCGCUUGAUUGCUCGCUAUCAUAUCAUACCCCAGCAGCCAAUGUCCUGACUCCGUCUAUCUCCCUCCGACUUCCUAUCCAAGUGACCACACAGCCUAAAUAUGCUAGCUCGGCCAAGUCUGACCUAGGCCUUGUUGUUACCCAGGCGGAAUUAGAUGAGUUCUUUAUCCCACGAUCGAUGAGCUUACCUUCUUCGAAUGUGGUUGUUGAUGUGAAUGCGCCGCCUGAGUAUUCGGAGUCAACGGCUCGACCGAAUCGACGAAGUGUACAGGCUACUCAGUAG